AUGGCGGGACGGGCCGAGACGCGAACCCCUGAACCGCCUGACCGCGACGAACACGAAAAGUCACCGCCACGAGUAUUGAGACCGAGACGCACCACCAGACCGCCUUACAACUAUGGCCAAGAGCAAGAAAUCGACAUCCAGCAGAUAAAUGCGCGUUCGCAGCAGCAGCAGAAGAAGAAGACCCUGGGCAAGCUAGUAACCCAACGGGAAACGGUAACGUCGGACUCCUCGACAGAGAGUGAGGACCCGAACGCCUCUGAACUUAUACAAGAGCUCGUCAAACUCAGGAAAGAAAUCAAACUGCGAUAUGAAUUGCACAAAGAAGAGCUGCGGAAGGCUAAGGAAGAAUCCAGUGCCGCUCUCGCAGAAGUGCGACACGAGCUGCAGAUCCUGACAGAUAGACUAUUGGUACCGCAACCCGAGACUGGCAUCGAUGACAUCCUACGCGAAAUUCAAACCCUAAAUGACGUAAUUAGCACUCCCGCCCUUAUAGGCUCCCUGUCCUACGCAGAUAUCGCCCGUACUCCUCCACUUAGUCACCCGAGCAAUAUAUAG